CCUGUGGCUCCGCCUUUUGCAAACGAAAGUAUUUUUUCGCUUUAAACUGACGCUACACUUUUCGGCACUCGAGGUCAGAUCCAAAAAUUAAUGUGUAUUCCAGGGUUAUGUUUUUUCUGUGUGAACCCCUUUGAGGCCAAAACAGAUAAUGGUGUAAGGAUCCACUCGCCGGCUCAAGAAACAGAGUCCAGCUCCUGAUUGAAGGACAUUUUAAAGAUGGCAAAAAGUAUUGAAGGUCUGAAUUUGGUGCUGCUGGGGAAAACAGGAGCAGGGAAAAGUGCUGCAGGAAACACAAUACUGGGACGACCGGCUUUCAGAUCAGAGAAAAGUCCUAAAUCCGUCACACAAGAUGUCGAUGUUCAAUCUGGGACUGUUUGUGGGCUUCCAGUCACUGUUUAUGACACACCAGGAUUCUGUAACCCCGAGCUGGAGGAGGAAGAGAUACAACGGAAAUUUCAGAGUAUUUUACAGAAAUGCAAUUCAGAGCUUUCUGUUUUUCUCAUCGUCAUUAAAGCAGACAGAUUCACUGAAGAAGAGAGAAAAACUGUGGAGAAGAUUGAGAAGCUUUUGGGACAAACUCGCUUGGAAAAAACCUGGCUUCUCUUCACCAGAGGAGAUGAACUGGAGGAUGAAAAGAAGACUAUAAAAGAAUUCAUCAGUGAUACUGAUGCACUGAAGAAACUUGUACAGAAAUAUGAUCAGAGAUACCAUGUGUUCAACAACAAGAAGAGAGGACCAACUGAACAAGUUAAAAAGCUGAUUGCAAAAAUCCUCAAGACAGGUUUAAAUAAAAUGGCAAAUGGAGCGCUGAAACUUAAGAAGAGUUUAGUGAAGAGUCAAAAGUCAGAACACACUCCUGUCUCCAGUCUCUCAUCAAGACGGAUUGUUCUUCUGGGUAAAAGUGGUGUUGGGAAAAGUGCAGUUGGAAACACAAUACUGGGACAGAGGAAGUUCAGAUCUGUGAGGAGUAUGAGAUCAGUGACCCGUGAAUGUUCAGAAGCACACUCCACUGUUUCAGGCAGAUCUGUGUCUGUAGUAGAUACUCCUGGAUUCUUUGACACAGAGAUGAAACCUGAAGAUUUAGUGAUGGAAAUAGCGAGAAGUGUGUAUUUAUCCAGUCCUGGACCUCAUGCUUUUCUCAUUGUUCUCAGAGUAGAUGAACGAUUCACUGAACUUGAGAAGCAGAUUCCUCAGAUGAUUGAGAUGUUGUUUGGUGAGGAGGUGUUAAAAUACUCCAUCAUCCUCUUCACUCAUGGAGAUGAUUUAGAAGAAGAACCCAUAGAAGAAGUCAUUAAGGAGAAUGAUGAUUUAAGAGAUGUAGUUGAUCGGUGUGGAGGCAGAUAUCAUGUCUUCAAUAAAAAAAAAAUGAAUAACAGAGAGCAGGUGAAUGAUCUACUGCAGAAGAUUGACAUGAUGAUAGAGCAGAAUGGAGGAGGACACUACAGUAAUGAGAUGUAUGAAGAUGCUUACAGAUACAGACAAGAAGAAAAAGAGGAGAGACUGAGAGAGGAAGAGGAGAGAAAACAACAGGAGAAACGAAGACAAGAAGAGAUUGAGAGAGUGAGAAAGGAGACAGAGGAGAGAACCAGAGCAAAGAUACAAGAGGAGAUUGAGAGAGUGAGACAGGAGACCGAGAAGAAAAACAAAGCAAAGAUACAAGAGGAUAUACAAAGACAAAAGGGGAUUGAGAGAGUGAGACGAGAGACAGAGGAGAAAACCAGAGCAGAGCGAUACAGAGAUGAAGAGCAGAGUAAACCACAACAGAAAGAAAGUUGGCAAUGUGUCUGUAGCUGAUACUUCUGCAUUCUUUGAUGCACAGAUGAAACAUGAGGAUUUAAUGAGUGAUAGUGAGAAGAGUUUAUCCACACUUUUCUCAGUGUCAGAGGUCACAGAGAACCUCAAUGAGAACAGCAGAGUAACACAAUAGAGAUGAGAGUAACAGAGAGCAGGUGAAUGAUCUAAUGCAGUCAUGAGAUGCUUGAAGAUGCUCACAGAUUCAGACUGACAGAAGAGAGGAGACUGAGAGAGGAGGAGGAGAGAAAACAACAAGAGGAGAAACAGACGAGAGGAGAUUGAGAGAGUGAGAAACUGUAAACUGCAAUGCAUUCUGGUCGUUUGAUGCAAAUGUACAGCAUAUUCUGAUCUGCAACGAUCAAGAUUCGAUAACAGCAAGAGGAGUGAUUCACAACUGUAAUCUGUUAUCACGGUGCCAAAAUAAGAUUGCAUGCUGAAGUCCAGAGACUCACGGUCAGCGACAGCUCCCUCACGGAGGAUGUGUGUGCCAUGCUAGUGCUGCUAACCGAACCAGCGAGAUAUCAUAUUAGAUAUUCAGUCUGGAAUACCAGGAGAAGACGGCGCUGCCUUGGACAUCCAAAGCAUCCUUCCUCCAGUCUUCAGUGUCACAUGAUCUUCAGAAAUCAUGAAAAUAUAUUGAUUUACUGCUCAAGAAACAUUUCUGAUUAUUAUCAGUGUUGAACACAGUUAAGUGUAUUUUUCAGGAUUCUUUGAUGAAUAGAAAGAUCCAAAGAUCAGCAUUUAUCUGAAAUAAAAACAUUAUACACUAUACCAUUCAAAAGCUUACAGUCAGUAAAUUUGAAUCAUUAUAUAUAAUUAUUAAAUUACAAAAUUAUAUACAUUUAUACUUUUAUUUUGCAUGGAUGCAUUAAAUUGAUUUAUUUUACAAAAUAUUCUUUAUUUAGAUAAAUGCUGUUGUGAACUUUCUAUUCAUCAGAGAAACCAACAUAAUAAUAAUAAUAAUAAUAAUAAUAAUAAUAAUAAUAAUAAUAAUAAUAAUAAUAAUAAUAAUAAUAAUAAUGAAAGUUUCUUGAGCAGUCCAUCAUAUUAGAAUGAUUUCUGAAAAUCAUGUGCUGAUACUUUUAUUCAGAAUGACUUAAAUAUGAGGACAGUGGAAGUAAUCAGAAUCAGUGGUGCAGAAGAAACAGGUUGAAGUGAACCCACGUUACCUCUCUUCUUUGCAAAGUGAAGGAUUUUCAGUGGAAUUUCUGAAAUCCACCCUUUGGAUCCUGGGAAGGAAUUUUGUUGGAGUCACUUGGGGACAAAUUAAUUUGGUGAAAAUUCAUCACUCUUUGUGGUUUUUAGAAAUGUUUAAUUAUGACCAUGUUGGUUUAUCUUGUGGUUUUAAAGUUAUGCAUGUUAUGAUGUUUCAAAUAAUUUAUUAUUAUUGAAUUUCAUAUCAAAGUUAUUUUAUAAUUCAACAUAUUACUAAAUAAACUGUUUUAUGACAUUUUCUUUCAUGCAAUUUUGAAAGUUAUAUAUUACAAUUUUGACCUGUUUCAAAAGUGUCCUUUUUUUUUUUUUGUUAAAUAGCAGGUGAAUUUAUAUACAUGAUCAUACAACACGUUAUGCAAUUAAAUGUUGUUUAAAGCUCAUGCAAUUAAUGAAUAGUUUACAUUAAAAAUUGUCCUGCUUUUUCUUUAAUAUUACAACAUACAUUGAAGUAGUUUACUGUUUACUGGAAAUACAAGGAAAUGCUGUGAAUAAAAUUAUAGCAACAAAUAUAAAGUAAAUAUUACAAUAACUGGCUCGCAACUCUGCUGCCAGUAUUUUACUGUAAAAUUUACAGGUAUUUUAUUUUACAGUGAACAGUGGAAACGGACAAUGUGGUAAUGAAAGCAGGGGUGAAAACUGGACCAGAGUGUGAACCUUAGUCAAACCAAGACACAAACAGUGGAUUUAAGCUUUUUUUAAGUAUAAGGAAUACUUUUGUAUAGCCAUUCAAUUGGUGUUGUCAUUGGUGCUAUUGUUGUAUGUGCUGUUGUUGGUGAUGCUGCUGGUCUUUAUGAAUGUAGUUGUAAAGUUGUUGCCUUGUUUUUAGCAAAUUAAUCAGAGGAUUGUUUAGUUGACUUUUAAGUGAACUCUAAACCUCAACUACCUCUUCUGUCAGUUUAGAAUAAAUAGAGGAUAUGUUUGGCACUUUAAUCAGACUGAAUAAGCUCUUUUGCACUACAGUCAUUAUAUAUGCCCUGUUUACUUCACUGGUUUGCACUCUGUCAUUUGCCUUGUGCUGCUUUACUCAUCUUGUUUUUACAUGACCUAUUUGUAUAGUUGUACUUUAUAUUUUAUUAUCUGUAUUUAAUGUUCUACUGUUAUCUGUAUGCACCAAGGCUUGAAAUGAGUAACACAUUUCAAUUCUAUGUACUGUACAUGUGGAAGAAUUGACAAUAAAGCAGACUUGACUUGA